AUGCCUCGAGCCUUCCUGCUCUUAGCGGCCAAAACCUCGAGUUGCGCGGAGGUAAACCUCGAGAGCCUCACCGAGGGCCGCUUUGACCUCAUCUGCCGGGUGAUCAGCUCGGUACUCUUUACCUCCCAUGGUAUCCGCAGGAACUCGACUUGCUUUGUCCACUUGGGCGGGUCACUGCCGCACCGGACCUUGGCCGUGCAUGGCCCUGAGGUGAAACACUGGCGGCCAGAUGAACGGGGGGGUGCCUGCCUGCUGCGACGAUUGCUCAAACUCGGAGGGAAGCCACGGGGGACAGAGGAAGAGAGCUCCAGGGAGGAGAAGUGCCUGCGCGGCAUGAGCCUGGUGGAUGAGAACCUGUACUCCACAGUUUGUGCGGCUCUGAGAUAUCUGCGAGUGGACGAUGCCAAGCCCUGCACUCUGAUCUUGCACCCGGAUGGCCGGCCGAUGCACGAAGUGGUCGAAGCCUCUACUGCGCCUUUGCUUGUGCUGGGGGAUGAUGCUGGCAUGGGAGAAGAUGCUCUUGGAGAGGUCGAGAGAGCGGCCCAGGAGUGCGAGGUUCCUGUGUGCCGAGUGUCGCUUGGACCCGUUCCACUCUUAGGAAGCCAUGCCUGCGUUCCUGGGCUCUUGUUAAGGAGUUUAGUUUUGAGUUGCCAUAAUAGGGAUCUAUAG